AUGUCUUUACCCCAUAUUGUCGAUAGCUCCCGCAACUCCGAGGUGAUUCACGCCGGUCUAUACUACCCUCCUGACUCCCUGAAGACCCAACUCUGCCUCCGUGGCCGUCAACUGCUUUACGACUACUGCAACGACCCAUCGACCUCCGUCCCCUACCGCCAAACAGGCAAACUUGUGGUCGCCUCGGACCCGAGUCAAGUUCCCUAUCUCGAAUCCCUCCACUCCAAGGCCCAAUCCCUCUCGCUUACUGUUCCACCGCCAUGGGCCCCAUCUACGACUUCGCCUCGGAAGUCUGGUGAAAAUACUAUCACCCUGCCCACGAAGCUCAUCUCCGGCUCGGAAGCCCGUUCGAUGGAACCUCGUCUUUCGCCUUCCAUCCAAGCCGCUCUCCUCUCCCCUUCAACAGGUAUUCUUGACUCGCACUCCUUCAUGGAGAGCCUCGAGAAGGAUAUAAUGGAGACGGAAGGCGGCGAACUCGCCUACUCUACCCGGGUAGUCCGUGUAGAUCCUUACGAACCUUCUCCAGGAUCAGAAUUCAGAGAGGCUGGGUGGGUGGUUCAAGCGGUCACUGGCGCUGAAGGCUCAGCGACCUCAAGCUCUGCCGAAGAUGUCGCGACAGAUUCGAUGCUCGCUCGAACACUGAUCAACGCGUCUGGCCUUUCUGGACCAUUGGUCCUAAACUCGUUGAUAUCCAAGUUAGGAGACGGCGAGAGGAAGAUGAUACAGAUGUUCCAUGCGAAGGGGUCAUACGCAUCUUACAAAGGACCAGGCGUAGACGGGGUUUCCCACCUUAUAUACCCAUGUCCUGACACCGCUGCGAAGCAGGAUAAAACCGAGAAGAAAAGCCAGGCGGGAGCAGGCUUUCAAUCUCUAGGGACUCAUCUUACUCUCGACCUCGAAGGCAACGUCCGUUUCGGACCAGACCUCGAAUGGAUAUCGCCUCCAGCCUCCGCAUUCUCAGACUCACAAUCAGAUGACGAGACGGCAGAUUUCUGGACGCGUCACUUAGUCCCCGACGACUCGCGUCUGAUACAGAUGUACGAGGCCGUGCGACAAUAUCUCCCUGAUGUAGUACAGGAAGGGUUCAAGCCCGAUUAUGUCGGGAUCAGGCCGAAGUUGGUCGGUCCAGGUGGAGGUUUCCAGGAUUUUGUCUUUAGGAUGGACCAUAGUUUAGACUUCUUGCGCUCGAGUGGUGGGGAGAAGGCUGGUGGCAGCAGUGCGGGACAGAUGAUUAGCUUAUUGGGAAUUGAGAGUCCGGGGUUGACGGCCAGCCUUGGUAUCGCGGAGAUGGUGGAAGGGAUGUUGGCGCGGCGAGGAUGA